AUGAUAUCUAACCGAGACGAGGGCCCGGUGUAUUACAGGGAGAUACAGAAGAAUGCAUAUCUCAAACGCAUACCUAACGAGCCGAGCGGGAAGCUCAGGCCACUGGGGCAUAAGAAACCGCCACUCAAAGCUAUGUGGACGCUCUUCUGUGUCCACAACGGACGGACUCCAUUUCUCGAACAGUAUCCAAGCCCUGAGUCCCCAGCCACGCUAACACAUAAGCCGGCAUGGCGAGCUUGCCUCAAGACUGCUAGGCAUGUCACCGCCAGUGUUAAACCGCACACUGGCGAUGAGUAUGACUUCCUCGUGGACACCGAUCAGGGGCCUGUGAGGAUGUUAGCUCCUGAUUGGGAGGCCAUAUCCUCACCAAAGGAGAGAACGUGUACACCGCCCCCGCCCCGCGCCUGCGCCCCCCGCGCCCCGCGCCGGCACCCGGGACCCCACUUCACCUCUACCCCCACCCCUCCAGUACCGCCGGACAGAGUACCUGGCAUAGAGCUGACCAUACCGUCCCGAGCCAUCGAACCUGAACCCCACAGUCAACCAGAAGAACAACCGACCAUAGAGCCGAUCAUAGAGCCAACAGAGCACAUAGACAUCUCCAACUGGGACGAACCGGAACCCUUCGCGUCUCUACCAAGCACUAGUCAGGACAUACCAAAGACUACCAAGAUAUGCGGGCAGAAUAUUUGCUUGGACGACUCUGUGUUAAGGAGGAAUAACACGGACAGUGAUGAAGAGUUUUUCGCGGAGAUCGACCGGAUUAGCGAAGAAGCGGAGAGCACUGAAGAUGUCAAGGAAUAUAAGCAGACCGUGGUUGUUGAGGCCACUGCUGAGGAAACCCCUAGCGACUACCAAGGCACAAACAUAACGGUGAUCCAAGUAUCGAACAAGGAGCCUCCACACACCGCUAUCCCCGUCCUAGGCCCCGAGACCGAUGUCUUCAACUUCGACCUCCAACCGCUCUCCAUCGAACCCAAAGAGAACUACAUCAACAUCGUCAACACCGAAGAAAAUGGCUACGGAACAGUUUACAAAGAAUCCGACUACGGACACAUCAGUUUAACAACUACUGUUGCUUUAAACGGGAGAAAAGCAUAUAUGAACGGUUAUGUCAAGCUUCGACUUCAAGUGAGCGGUCACCGUUACCUGUAAGAAGAAUUAAAGCGCUGGAGAAGGUUAGGAAGUCAUCGCUACCCAAUAUGGAGACGUAUGAUUACUUAUAUCCAAGUAAUUCGAAUCAAGUGCAAGUCGAGGUGAAUAGUGCGAACAGUG